CAAGGGAAAAAACAAGAAACAAGGAUCAUCAUUGAAACAGAACUACCAACAACAAUAUAAAGACGAUGAAUAAACUACUUAAUUACAUUAAUUACACUUAAUAUUAUAAAUAGGCCUAUAAAUUGAAGAUUAUAAUUAUAUUUAGGCUACAAAUAAAUCGAAACACAAAAACCCUUUGCCUUUUACUGUGGCAAAAUACCAUGAUGUAGUGAUGCAGACAAAAUAUUAUGGCAACAGGCUAUAAUUCGGGUUAUGAUUUUAAGGUGUCUUUGUUCCAGUGUAAUUAGGCUUUUGUACGGUAAAAUAAAGUGUUUCGAAUUUUAUUUCAUGGUGUUUAUUGUGCGCCAAGGUUCUUAGUAUACCAUAGCAUAUCUGUCCAAAAACAUGGCGUUUUGGUAAGCCUAUUUUAUGGGAAUGCAUUAUGUUUUUCUUUGUCCUUUGAAUGUAUUCAUUUUAAUGUAUUUAAUAUCAGCAAUUAAAAAUAAAUACUUUGUGCUCAAAUAUGAUUUAGCGAGUGUGUGAGAGACCAUAGCUUUGUUUAUUUGCAUAUGUCUGACCGCUCCUCCCUAUAAAAGACCGCGCGCACUUCUCCUGCUUUAGCUGCUCGCGCAUGGAAUGACUGUAAGGGCGCACAUCAAGAGGAUCUUUUAACAUGUUAUGAGAUCGAUCAACUGCUGAAAGUACAUCAGAGAAACACACAUCAGGGUUUGGCGAUGCAGUGUUUGCGUGGCUAGAGCUUGACAACAAGCCAUCAUUUCCUUUUGGAUACUUUGGAUAAUUCCCUCUCGGUUUCUUCGAGUUCUUGUCCAAACCUUUUUUAGUAAUGGCAUUUGCCAUGCUUCGGCCCAUAGCGACUCAUCUAGCGUACUCGGAUGUUGCCAUGAUGUCCGAGGAUGAGGAAAACCGCAGCGAGAGCGACGGCAGCUCGGAGCAGAGCUAUGGUUGCUGUCCCAGUGCGGAGAAGCGGCGGCGGAUGACACUCAAGUCCACGAGCGGCGUGGUUAUAGUAAAGCAACGGAACGCAGCGAACGCGCGGGAACGCGACAGGACGCAGAGCGUCAACACGGCUUUCACGGCGUUACGGACUCUUAUUCCCACCGAGCCGGUAGACAGAAAGCUGUCAAAGAUUGAGACUCUGCGCUUAGCCUCCAGUUACAUCUCACAUCUGGCCAAUGUGCUCCUGAUAGGGGAUGGAGGAGAGGACGCGCAGCCGUGCGUGAGCGCGGUGUACAGCGCGCAGGGCGACAGCGGAGGAAAGCAGCCGCGCACCAUAUGUACUUUCUGCCUCAGCAGCCAGAGAAAAGGGAUAAAGGACGGGACUGACUGCGUCCGCAUGCGGGGAAUCACUUCAUUGCGCGUGACACGCCGGUAGCAGCGGCAGCAGCGCGUGAGAUGAAACCGCCACUCAGGGAGCGCGAGAGGUGAGCGAGAUUCCUCGCGACGGAGAUUUUCGGAAGACUCGCCAUUCAAACAAGCGUUGGGUUUUGUAUUGUACUUUUUCUGUGUGUGUUUUGUACAGAGAUAUACGAACAUUUAAAAUGCAGUGCAUAAAAUAUAUUUUCCCUUUUCGUUUUCUUUUUUAAAAAGAGAAUUUAUACAUUUUUACACAAAUUGUGAGAAC